AUGUUUGAACUACCAGAGGCAAAACGAAUUCGGCGUAACGAAAUAGUCUCCCCAUCUUCGUCAACCAGAAGUUCGCCAGAGUUACUACCAGCCGACAAUGAAGAAGCGCAUGCUAGACUCGCACAAUUGCUAUCCUUCGACCUAUCAACAGAUACAGCCCAGAAAAGGCAGCCGAUAGAAGCGAAUAGCCAACAACCUGACAGCAAAGAUGCAAAUGACGACGACGAAGAAGAAUUCGAAUUCCGCCUCUUCAGCGCACCAAAACCAGUCCCCUCUAGCACCACAAAACAAGACACAAGCAAGGAAAACGAAGGAGACAAAAUAAAAACUCAAAAACUCAAGAUCCGACUCCGAUCACCUACGCCCGUCGACAUCCAACCAGGUGAUGGCCGAUUCAUAGUCCCAUUCCGCGGAUGGAGGUAUUACUUCACGAAACCUGAACUGAUGCACCUAUCCGCUCGCGACGCGGAAGAGAAAGCACUGAUAGAAGCAGAGCUACUAAAGAGGCGGCGAGAGUACGAAGAGACCGCUAUCAGCAGUGCUGAGGUGCUCAAUUGGGCGAACAGUACAGAAACUCCUGGGUGUCAUUUACCGUGGCGCGUGUUCCAGCUUGAUUGGAAAUAUCAUCGGGUGCCCAAAUCGUUACUUGGUAAAAUAGAAACGACAUCCGUGAAAACGACAACAGAAGACAGGGAGAAGAAAAAAUCAAAACCAGGAAAGAAGCGACGAAUCAUCUUACGGACUCGCGCUGCUGCCAAGGCUACAGAAAAGGCUAAGGCCGAAGCGACGUCGAAUAUGACUGAGGCGGAGAAGCGGAAUAAGAAGAAUAGGGAGAGGAAGAUUAAGAGGCGGCAAAAAGAAAGAGAGAAAAAAGCUGCGUUGGCUGCGGCGGGKGGCGCAACUACGGCUACUGAUGGGGKGGGAGCUGCMUCAGUGGACGGUGACUCGUCUGACUGA